AUGUCGGGAAUUCAUAAAUAUUCAAGGGAGCUUGAAGUUGCUACAUUAGCAGUGAAAAGAGCUUCAGUCUUGACAAAGCAAUUGAGUGAUUCUAUCUCCCAGGCGAGAUUAGGAACUUUGACUAAAGAAGACAGCUCUCCAGUGACUAUCGGGGAUUUUGCAAGUCAGGCCAUAAUAAACCAUGCUUUAUAUGUAAACUUCCCCCAUGAUGAAAUUGUUGGCGAGGAGGAUUCUCGCGAUUUGAAAGAAAAUGGAAAGUUGGCCAAGCAAGUAUUCGAGUUGAUCGAAAAGGCUCAAUUGGAAACGAGUGAUUAUGAUAACGCAAUUGGACACUUGAAGGAUUUAGAAUCUGUUUUGGAAAGCAUUGAUUUGGGAAACUCCAAGGGAGGUUCAAAGGGACGGUUCUGGGCAUUGGACCCUAUCGACGGAACAAAGGGUUUCUUAAGAGGUGACCAGUUUGCCGUAUGUCUAGCUUUGGUUGAGGAUGGAAAAGUUGUUCUUGGAGUCAUUGGAUGUCCAAAUUUACCAAAGCAUAUCGAGUCAAACACCAAGCAUUUUGGACCUGUGGGCGGAUUAUAUUCCUCCAUUAAAAAUAUCGGCUCCUUUUAUUCACCCUUGUUUACACCGGGAUUUGAGAGCUUAGAGAAGCAGGAAAAGAUCGAAAUGACUCAACGUGACAGUCCAGAUGAGUUGAAAGUUGUAGAAGGCGUUGAAAAGGGACACUCAUCCCACUCCACACAAGCAAAUAUCAAGGCAAAAAUUGGUUUCAAUCCACAAACAGUUGUUGAACAAACCAUAAAUUUAGACUCACAGGUAAAGUAUUGCGUCCUCGCAAGCGGGCAAGCCGAUAUAUAUUUGAGGUUACCUAUAAACAACACCUAUAGAGAAAAAAUAUGGGACCAUGCUGCAGGAAACAUUUUAGUUUCUGAGGCAGGAGGGAAAGUCGGAGAUGUAUAUGGAGAACCAUUGGACUUUGGAAAGGGGAGACAAUUACCCUCGAUAGGAGUGAUAGCAGGUAAUAACAAAGUGUUUGAUAAAGUUGUUAGUGCAAUUAAGAGCGUAUGUGAGUAUUGA